AUAAACAGGCCAAGAUGAAGAACUGCAUCUGUUUCAUCGGAAGUCAACUCAGCAAACAGCGCUUUCUUCUGGCAAUGGCAGGUGCUGCACACGGGUCCAGACAGCGCGCACUAACGCAUCGUUAUUAUCAGCACUGGAACUGGCUCCACGUGGACCUGCUGGUUUAUACACACAACAGCUGACAAGAAGACACUACCAUCAUUUCUCCAAGGAACUGUUACAACAAGAAUCUGUUCAAAGAUAUUUAGAGAAGAUGAUUGAAGAAUACCGACAGGUUACCCAGAGACUGAAUAACAGGGCACACACUGAAAGUGAACGCAGGACCAAGAGCAGAAGGCAGAUCGAACUGUCACCCAUGGCAACAGUAUUUCAGCAACCUCAGCGUGCGGUGAAAGACUGAAGGAUGUGCAGGCUAUUAUUGAAAGUGCAGAGGCAGGAGAAGACACACAGAUGUUGGAGCUUGCUAAAGAAGAACAGAAGGGCAUCAGAAAACUCAUUGAAGCACUGCAAAUAAAACUGCUUCAGAGUCUGGUGCCUAGUGACAAGCAUGAUGCUAGCGAUGUUAUUGUGGAGGUGGCUGCUGGGAGAACAACAGGAGAUGUUAUUAUAGAGCCCAAGGAUUUGAGGAUUGAUACAGUCAGAUCGAAGGGAGCUGGUGGACAAAGUGCUAACACAACAGACAGCGCUGUUCGACUGGUUCAUAUUCCCACAGGCAAGUUCUCUUGAAAGUGCAUUUUCUCUACUAGACAGAAUUGAUAUGUCACAUUUUAGUAAAGGAGCACCCACUCCUAAGUUGUACCUAAGUUGUGCUUAAACUGAAUCAUCAGUGGGUAUACUCUACCAGAGUAAUAAAACCUACACAGUGCAGGUCUAUAGCAGAUAUAUAUAUUAUGUGAGCUUGGAGCUCUGUUUUGGGGUGGUAACCCGACGAAAGACCAGACAAGAG